AGCGAGCGCUGGAACUCUCCUCCCCCUCCUGCCCGCUCCUCUCUUCCCCGCUCGCUCCUCUCUUCCCACGAAACCCUAGCCGCUCAGCUCGCGCCGCGGUCCCCAUCCGCUUCUUCUGCUCGUGCUGGGGUCGCCAUCGAGGGCCUGCCGCUCGCGCCGGGGUCGCACGCGCCGCCGCUUCCCCGUCCUACUCGCGCAUCACGCCUCGGGAGGAGAGGAAGCCCAGGCUGCUGUUCCCGACGGAGCGCGCCGUCGCGCGGGAGGAGGCCAGGCGGAGCGCGCCGUCACGCGGGGAAGCGGCUCAUCCUCGGCGGCGAGCCAGUGCCGGAUCUGGUGCCUAGCGCCGGCAUCUCACGUGUGACCAAGUCGCCGCCGGGGGCGCUACGGCGGCCGGUCGGAGGCCGAGUUCGCCUGGGCGACCAAGUUGCUGUCGGGGAGCACAAAGUGCCUCCUUUAAGCACCGUUGCAGAGACGAGGAGGACCUCAAGGUCAGGCACAUCUUAUAAGUAGGUCACUUCCACUGGACUGGAUCUUUAUGUUAACAAGCAGCUAGACCCAAGCGUGUGUGUAUGAUGUUGUUGGGUUGUUGACAUGGCGCGUGGUCCGGAUGCGACUCAUGCUCAAGCCACGGUUGAGCCUGGCGUUGGGUUGGUAGGUGGUCGUGGCCGUGGCCGUGGGCGGUCUGCUGGUCGUCGUGGACGAGCCACUGGUCGUGGAGGUUCUAAUAUAGGGCGUGCCCCUGUUUCUGAUCAUGUCGCUGCUUGCCGGGUUCCUGCCGCUGGAGAUGAGCCUCUUGACAGGCUUAGGGGUGUGAGUCGGCGGGUGCCUGCUGCUGGAGCUGAGCCCAUCGCUAGGCGUGGGCGUGGCGCCCGGCAGAUGCUGCCUGCUGCUGGGCGUGGCGCCAUACCCCGCUCAAGUGGUAGGGGUGUUCGUGGCCGUGUCCCUGGUCGUGGUGCUGAUUCUGGGCAUGCAGCCGCUGCUGUACAUGUGUCUGCCCCUGGUCGUUCUGCUGGUCCUGGGUACGCCGCCGCUCCUAGGCGUGUGUUGGUCCCUGGUAUUGCUAGACGUUACGUGCCACGCCAGCCUGUUGGGGGUCCGCCUCGAAGCCGUACAAGUGAUGGUUGGUUUCCUUUUCUGAGCUCGACCGUGGCUGCGGUAAAUCGCAGAAAACGAAAAAUGUGCGUUGAGUUUCGGCGCGCUAGAUACGAAGAACAUGUCGUUGAUGGGCCUUUGCCGAAGGAUUGGCAUGGUUUCUCGGUUUAUGUCAGUGCGGAGGUGAUCGGGGUAGACUGCAACAGACGGAAAAAACGGAAAGUGUCAAUUAAAUUGCGGCGUCCUGGAUGCGAAGAGAUUGUUGUUCAAGGGCCUUUGCCAAAGGAUUGGCAAGGUUUCUCAGUGAAGUUUGCCGAGUCCCUUAAAGCUUGCUAUGCAGAUAGGUCGUACUACGGCCCUCCGGAUUUCUUGUGCCAAUAUUGUGGUGCCUCCUUUUGGUUUGCUGAGUGUUCAAAGUCCAGGUCAUCCUGGACACAACGUAAGAUGGUUUAUAAUCGCUGUUGUAAAGGCGCUAAGGUCAGACGCCUUCUGAUAGGGCGGAUAUUGUUGUUAGGGUCUAUCACAUGAAGCUCACCGAGUACUUGGACGAGAUUAAGUCAGGCCGGGCUUUUGGCCCCAUUACAGCUGGUAUUGUGAAUGUUGUGCUCUAUGUGUGGUUGUUUUUUUAAUGAUGUUUUACUUCUGUUGGCUGGUCUGUCUAAUUCAGCUUUUAUGUCAUUUUUCCAUGUUGUAUACCGUUGAGUUCCAAAAGCGGGGACUGCCUCACGCGCAUAUACUUGUCUGGCGGAGAGGGGGCAACGGUGAGAUUGGUGUUGAAAAUAUCAAUUCAUUAAUAUCUGCUGAAAUACCUGAUGCAUUGCUUGAUCCUCUAGGAUAUGCUUUAGUUUCUGAGUUUAUGAUGCACGGUCCGUGUGGUGAAAUGAACGAUAAAUGUGUCUGCAUGAAAAAGGGUGUUUGUUCUAAAUAUUUCCCAAAAGAUUUUAGAGAUACCACUGUCAUUGAUGAUAAUGGGUUUGCCUUAUAUCGACGUCGUGACGACGGUCGAAGGGUCUAUAAAAAUGGUCAUUACCUUGACAAUAGGCAUGUUGUUCCUUAUAAUAUGGCAAUGCUCAAGAAAUUUCAGGGACAUAUAAAUGUAGAGUGGUGUAAUAAGACACAGGUGAUGAAAUAUCUCUUUAAGUAUGUCACCAAAGGUGCUGACUACUCUAAGGUCAUGUUAGAAAGGCUAAAAAAAUUGACUAAAUCUGGUUGUCAUACAGUAGAUGAGGUUCAGGAGUAUCUGAUAUGUCGGUAUAUAUGUGAGUAUGAUGCAUUAUGGCGCAUAUUUGGGUUUGAAAUACACUUUAAAAUGCCGUCCGUUCAAAGGCUGACCGUUCAUAUGCCUGGCAUGAAUAUUGUCUACUAUCGUGCUGGUGCUGACCUCACGAAAAUUGUUGAUUCUGACUUCUUGCGAAAGACUAUGCUUACGAAUGGUUUGUUGCGAAUGAGAUGUUCGAAGAUGCUCGUUCAUUAACUUAUUGCGAUUUUCCAACUGCUUGGACCUGGGACGCUAAAAGUAGGUCAUGGCAUCCAAGGGGUGGGGGUGAAAAGAUUGGCCGCGUGUAUUAUGUACAUCCUUUGAGUGGUGAGUUGUAUUACUUGCGCAUGCUUUUGAUGAUUGUUAAGGGGGCUAGGUCUUUCAAAGAUCUCCGAACAUAUGAUGGUCGUCUUUAUCACACCUUUAAAGAGAGGCUUGUGCCGCGCGCGGUUUGUUAGGAGAUGAUAACGAGUGGUACAUAGCGUUUGAUGAAGCGGUUGUUUGGGGGUUUGGGCAUCGACUUAGACAGCUAUUUGUGACUAUGCUCAUGCAUUGUUCUAUCAAGGAUGAGAUGGGGUUCUUUGAACGUUACUGCGCUAGCAUGUACGAUGAUAUCCAACAUGGGUUGCGUCGUGCCCUGGGUAAUCUAAACUAUGUUGUUCCUCAUGAAAAAUUGAGAAAUAUGCUUCUUGAUGAGUUGGCUGACAUUUUCUUGAAACGUGAUUCUGAUAUAAGAAGUUUUAACUUGCCGUCUCGCUCUGGCGAAGGUGAGCAGUCUGAUGAUAAUCGUCUAAUUCGUGAGGAACUGUCUUAUGAUGCAUGUGCUCUGUCUAAACAGUCCUUGGUUAUGUUUGAUAGUUUAAAUGAGGACCAAUUGGUUGCUUAUAAGACGAUUGUAGAGUGUGUGCAGGCGGGGAGACCGGGCUUUUUUUUGUCUCUGGAUAUGGUGGUACUGGGAAGACAUACCUGUGGAGUGCAAUAUGUGCUUUCCUUAGGGGCGAGAGGAAGAUAGUGCUUACUGUUGCGUCGUCGGGCAUUGCGUCGCUGUUGUUGCCUGGUGGGAGGACUGCUCAUUCUCGCUUUAAGAUACCUAUUCUUCUUGAAGAUAAUACACAAUGCGAUAUUAAAAGAGGCUCUAAGCUUUGUAAGUUGUUGAUAGUAUCCUCCCUUGUUAUUUGGGACGAGGCGCUGAUGACACACAGGAAAUGCUUUGAGGCUGUAGAUAGAACUUUGCGUGAUGUCCUCUCUGUGGCUAAUCCAGAUCUUGCUGAUAUUCCGUUCGGUGGAGUAGUGAUGGUCUUGGGUGGUGACCUUAGACAAAUCUUACCGGUCGUUGAGGGAGGUACUAGGCCUCAGAUCAUUGAUGCGGCAAUCACGAAUUCUCCGCUAUGGCAUUCUGUUAAAAAAUUGUCGCUUUCUAUUAACAUGCGCUUGGGUGUGCAUGGUGCGGAUACCCAGGCGCAAAAGGAUGUUGCCUUAUUUAGCAGAUGGGUGCUAGAUCUUGGGGAAGGGAAGUUGCCUGUCACAAGGCGAGGCGAUGAGGUCGAGGCUUCUUGGAUACAGAUACCGGACGACCUCUUGGUUUGUACGUCUGGUGAUCCAAUAGCUGCUAUUGUUUCUUCUGUCUAUGGUGAUUUUUUUCAUAACUACCUGAACUCUGGUUACUUGCAAGAGAGAGCCAUUUUAGCCCCUACCAAUGACCAUGCUGAGGAUAUUAAUGAUCACAUUCUUGCAUUGGUUCCUACUGAUAGCAGAGUCUAUUUGAGUGCUGAUUCUAUUGAUGAUUCUUCGGAUUCUGUUAGGGACAAAGAUGUUUACUAUCCAGUCGAGUACCUAAAUGCAACUAAAAUUAUAAAUUUCCCAAAUCAUAGGCUGACUCUUAAGGUUGGUGUUCCGGUUAUGCUUCUUAGAAACCUGAGCCAGGCAAAUGGUUUGUGUAAUGGUACACGACUAAUUGUAAAAGAAUUAGGUGAUCGGCUUAUCGAAGCUGUCAUUAUGACUGGCUCACAUGUGGGUGAUACUGUUUAUAUCCCCAGGAUUGAAUUAUUGGCAAAGAAGGGAAAUGCACCCUUUGUGCUUAGACGUCGCCAGUUUCCUGUUCGUGUGUGCUAUGCCAUGACAAUUAAUAAGAGCCAGGGACAGACCAUGUCUGCUGUUGGUAUAUAUCUUAAGGGUCCUGUUUUUACACACGGGCAGCUGUAUGUGGCAGUGUCUCGUGUUACGUCGAGGGCUUCUUUGAAAAUCCUUAUAUUAGAUGCUGAUGGCAAAUGCGGCUCUGAGACCAAGAACAUUGUUUUUCCUGGGGUCUUCCGUGCCGCGGGGAUGACUUAGGUUUGUGUAUGAUGGUAGUCUUCAUUUUGGUAGUUUUUGGCAUGCUUUUGUGAGUUGGAUGCUAUUUUGGGUGGUGUCAUAUAGUGUUGGCUGAAUAAAUAUGUCGUCCCAUGCGAUGGGGGUGAUAUUUUGAAUGUUCGCGUGUACUGGGAUUGGCUUUAUAUAUUCUGCGGUUUGGUUUAUGUCAUAGAGAGUACCGAGUUUAAUGGUGAAGUUGCAUUUUGCUGCUGAUACUUUUGUUGUAGAUGGCGAUGACUGAUCUGCAGGCUCUUGUUGUGGGGAACAAGAACCUGACCAUCUGUGUGUAUGUUUCGCGUCUGUAGCAGCAUUGUGGAUCCACUGAUAAUGGUCCUACCAAACACACUGACAUGGUCCUUUUGGAUGUGCAGUUCUAACAUAUAUGCUGAGAUUGGUGAGAAGCUUGUGCCUAAGAUUAAUUGAGACAACCACAUCCAUGUUGUUUCUUGGCAUGGGCAACCACAUCUAUGCUAAUAUUGCUCCUGAGCUCCUCUAUAGGUCUCUUGCUGUGAAGCUUGUGGUUGGCAUGACUUUCAAGUAUUCAAUUCUUGUGAGGGUGGAGUUGGAGAAGGUGGGGCGUCAGAGCAGAGCCAGUUGCAGCAUCCACGACCUCCUCGGGCAUGGCCAAUCCUGCCAGAUUGACCAGGUUGCAGGGUUUGGUCAGCAGUGUGUGUGGCCAGUGGUUGGAGCACACUGAAUUCGAGGAACAAUGCCGUCGUCGACCAUGUAUUCAGGAUAACAAGAUGGUUUCUAGCAAACAAUUAUCAGGAACUUCAGCUAGGUAUGAGGCACAAUAAAGGUGGCAAUAAGAUGUGCGGGCAAUUAUCUUUGUUUUCGUGACCAUGCUGAUGAGGGUGGAGCUGCCAUUGAGGCACAUUUGGCCUCCGAGGUAUCAAACCCUCCAACCUCCAUUUUCUUUAGGAUGGUCCCGAGCCCAUCUCACCUUGGUCUUCUCCCAUGGAUUCGAUUGUGUGCAUGGAUGAGGAAAGAGUCAUUGCAAGAGGUGUUGGUGGAGAGGGAGGUUGAGUGGACGAUCGACAUACACGGCGUCAUCUAUAACUGCCUCUAUGGCUUCCUCGGCCUCCAUGUCAGCCUCCCUGCUUCACUACCGCAAAAGGGUUUGCAGCGUUGUGUGGUGAUGGCCCUGCCCCUGGCCAAUAUCGAUGCUCAUAGGAGUGAUCUUUGGCUAUGGAGGCGUUGCUUCGGAUGGUCUACAACAGUGUCUGGUUUCUCUGGUGGCUCUGAUUAUGUCACGUCAUGUUGGUUGGCAUACAUUUAUUUCUGUAUUUGGCACUUUUGGUUGGCUGAUGUUGUUAUGUUGUCCACGGAAACACAAUACUUACGUUGGUGUCUAUGAUAGACUUUUGUUGUUCUACUGCCUGCACCCUGUUCGUUUAGAAGAUGAAGGGGAUGGAUGCAAACUUAUGUAUGCAAUGCAGGAUGAUCAUGGUAGCUUAUGUAAUUGUCGCUGGUCUUCUGUAUGAACGGUUUGCUUCGAUAUUUUCGUGUUAUUUUCUCCCCUGA